GCAUCCAUCGCCUCCGCACCGCUUCCACCUAGACUACCACCAACACCAACACUGAUACCCCAGCCUCAUCUACACCUCUGGAACUUCUGUCCUGGUAGCGCUUGCGAAGAAAGACUUCGAGUGAGGAACUCGAAUCAAGUGAUCUUUGGGUCAUGCCUCCUUAUACUAGGAGGAGUAGCGGAUGGACUAAUAACGGCAGCGAGACGCCUGGUCGCGAGGGAGGAGGUGGGGGGCCUAACAUCGAGUACUUCCUAGAGCAUCUUGAGCAGUUCAAGCGGAAACACAUCUCCCAGAAUCGCGACAUCAUCAAAUCCAACGCCUUUCUGCAGCUCCGCAUUCGCGAUCUUGAAUCUCGCAUCCAAUCCAUGGAGGUAGACAAGCAUCAAAACUAUCGUGCGAUAGCGCGGUUGAAGUAUGAGCUCCAUCAAGCUUCACAGCAGGGCAGUGUUAAUGGGAGAGAUAUUUGGUUGGAAUUGGGAAAGAGUAUGGGAUUCCUCAAUGAUGAGGCUGGAGCUAGCGGGAGUGCAAUUGGGAAGAGGCUCAGACGGCCGGUAGCACCAUCGAUGGCUUCCGUGAGGAUUGAGCUGGACCCGGAGAGCUUGCCGGGUGGUGUGGUCAGGGCUAUUGCAAGAGCUCCGGGAGAGGAAGGGAUCCUCGAGGAGUCUGAGGAGGAAGCAAUGGAGGAACCUCAACAUCAAGAUGCGGGAUACGAGGAGGAUGAACGGUUACACGAGUGGUCUCACGCGGCAAAUGAGAUCGAUGGCUCAGGAACCUCGUCAGUAGCAGCCUCACCAGCAGCCUCUCUCCUACAGGAAGAGCCAUCAGCGCCUGCAUGGCCGGAACCCGAGCGCAUAACGUCCUUUCCCGAACCCGCCCCUCAACGCUCUGCCCCUCAGUGGACCUCGUUCCUGCCGCCCACAUCCAAUGGAGAGUCAUCCCUCCAGGCUGCUGCCAGACCCAAGAAGAGCGAGGCUAUGAAGGGCAAGAAGGUCGCACCUCUGUCUUCUAGUGCUAGCCAUAGGCAAGACCAGCCCAACGGCAGGGCUUUGGCAGCCACCAAGGUGUCGCGAGAACAGCCGAGGAAGCCGGCUACGAUGAUUGAGCAGGGGAAGCCUCAAGCCCGCUCAGCAUCACGAGAGGACUUGGAUGAGGCGAUGGAAGAUGUUGCACAGACACAGUCCAAGCGUGCGCCGAAGGAUAACGUCGUGACAGACUCUGAGCGAGUCGCUGCUGUCCGCGAGUCCUCCAAGCAACGAGUCAGUUCAGCAUCUUCGAGCAAGACAUUAGUGAACGCCGACGAACCCAGCCCUUCACGCACCACCUCUCGCAAGCGGAAACCCUCUUCUGGACGAGAGCCAACGAUUCUCACCGACGUUACCUCUCUGGCUUUGCCCACAUAUACAGACCCGUUAGAAGACGUGUACGAUACCCCUGCCACGGACGAGGAAGACGCACCUGCAGCCUCUGGCGGUCGCUCCUCUAGACGCUCUUCUGUCCGCGCGAGACCGUCCAUCAAUUAUGCCUUGCCGAAGCUGAACACAAAGAUGCGCAAGCCCGAUCCGGAAGAGGUCAGAGGGACAUCCGGUCUCUCUUCUGCCGCGCUGAAUGGUCCUGCGACAUUGGUCGGCACGGGUGAGGGAGAGGCGAAUGGAGACUUGAAGGAUAUCAAGAGAGAAAGACAGAUGCGGCAGGGCGUUUCAACUACCUCUGCCUCGUCUGCUGCACGCAAGAGCUCUGUGUCUCGUCCUGCCAAGAGUCGGCCCUCGAAGAACGGAAGUCGCUCGCGUCUUAAUGGAGAAGAGGGCCCUAGUGAGGACGAGGAUGCAGAUGGGGACGAUGAGCGCGGCAGGAGCAGUGCGCUCAACAGCGAGCUCGAGAGCUCUGCCGACGAGAGGGAGAACGAAGUUGCUCCCAGCUGGCCGAGGAACGGAGUCAAAGGGGAUCGCCGUCGGACUCAAUCGCAUACGCCCAUCUCGUACCAGGAAAGCGAGGACGAGGGCGAGGACACCAUUGUCGCUUCUGUACCGCCUGCGUCCAGCUCUGCACGAGCCGGAUCUGCUUCCACUCGCCCUGCUGCUGCCCCUGCAGCUCCAUCGACCGACUCGGAGGAAGAGAUUGAGGUGGCUCGCAGUGCGACAGAGCAGGAGUAUGACGAGGAUGGCGAUGUCACGAUGCCCGCAGCAAAUCCCGCUCCCAUUCCCGCUCCCACAAGCAAUGAGUCUGGUCCCUCGUCACGCCUUCACGCUCCUCUGCGAGCAACAUCAAUCGGCUCGGCUGCGACGAGUAGCAAGCGACCCUUUGUCCCCUCUGCCACCUCGACUGCAAGUGCUGAAGUCCCAGCAGCCGUAAGGGAACGGAGCGUCUCUGCAAAUGCAGCCCUUCCCUCGGUGGAGCAGAGAGCGGGACCGUCGACAGGGACCAUCUCGAAGGCUGCUGCUCUCCCUGCCACUGCGGGCAAGUCGUACAGCAGCAGCGGCAGCAAUCAAGCUGCAACUGGCACCUCUCGACCGUCCAGCAGCACCACGACCGUCGGAAGCUCGACUGGCACCGGCUCCUCCAGCAUAAGCACAAGCAGACCCUCCCUCUCUUCUUCUUCUUCCACCAAUACGGGCAUGGCCAGCAGCACAAGCAACUCUCUCAAGCGGCCCUACUCCACCUCGAGCGCUCUAACAGAUGCAGACCUGGCACUCCUCGCCCAGUCCACCUCGUCCCUUGCGGAUCUCACAUCUGCUAGCGCUUGGCCUUCUACCCCGCAAGUGGGCGGGAGCGGGGCCGGGGGAUACCUCAAGGGUGGAGUGAGAGCCGGGAGUGGUGCUCAGGGAGGGGCAGGAGCAGGGGCAGGGAAAAAAGUCUCUACGCUCAGUCGAUUCUCUAACACUUCUGGCACGGGAGUGGGAGUGGGAGCAGGUAUGAUGCUCAAGACUUCCGGUGUUGCUGGGACUGGGGUUGGGGCUGGCGGGGGAGGGCAGGGUAGAGCACUGGGAAAGAUCAAGCCUUUUAAUCUGAGCGCAUCUGCGUCGCUCAAUGGAAGUGCUGGGACAGGUACCGCUACCGGUACGACUGCUAGUGGGGCUGGGGUUGCUGGAGGGAAUGCGAGUGUGAGGAGCAGCAGCAGCAGUACAGGAAAUGAGAAUCGCGGCCCGACCUCGUAGACACUCUCGCUAGCUAGGCGAGACCUUACUUGGUAUCCUUGUAACUGUAGGCCAGACCGGCAGACCGCCACGCUCUUACCACACUUGAAUGUAAGAAAAGGAAGCUUUGCACAGACG